UCCGAUCCAUUACCCGACCCGCUUUUUUCCCCAUCUUCACAAAUCCACGCCGCUUCCUAUCCCCUUCUAAAACCCUAAUCGCUCUUCCCGCUUUCUCCGAAAGCCCUAAUUUUAGAGCCAACGGUUCCCAAUUUCCGAUCGGCGAAGCUAAAAUCCUCCAUCCAAAUGGCUAAAAAUAACAAACAAAAACCUCCUCAAGACCCCAAACCCAACCAAGAAGAAGAAGAGCAAAAACAACAUGAAAAAGACAAGGAAGAAGAAGCAGAAGAGCAAGAAGAGAAAAGCUUCGAAGAAUUAGGCCUCGACCAUCGAUUAAUCCGCGCUCUUCUUAAGAAAGGGGUCGACAAGCCUUUUCCGAUACAACGUGUUGCAAUCCCUCUUGUUCUGCAAGGCAAAGACGUGGUAGCUCAAGCCCGAACAGGUACUGGCAAAACCUUUGCCUAUCUUCUCCCUUUGCUUCACAAGCUGUUCCCUUCGGAUUCCGGUUCCAAGGCUCGGCUUGCUCCAGCCGGGUUCAUUCUCGUCCCUUCACGUGAAUUAUGUCAACAGGUUUAUAAAGAAGCUGUUUCAUUGAUUGAGUUAUGUAGAGUUCAAUUGAAAAUAGUGCAGUUGACUAGCGGCAUGCCAACUUCUGAUUUGCGAGCUGCAUUGGCAGGGCCUCCGGAUGUUUUGGUAACUACACCAAAGUGCAUAAGGGAUUGCUUGUCUGCUGGAUUACUUCAGCUGACUUCCAUCAGUGAAUCACUUGAAACUCUUGUCCUAGAUGAGGCAGAUCUUUUAUUGCAAUUUGGCUUUGGAGAUGAUCUGAAAGCUCUUACACCUGUCAUUCCUAGACGUUGUCAAUGCCUUCUUAUGUCUGCAACCUCAAGCCCUGAUGUUGACCAACUGAAGAAGCUGAUUUUGCACAAUCCAUUUGUUUUGACAUUGUCAGAGGUAGAAGAUGUCAAGGAUGAGGUUAUUUCAAAAAAUGUUCAACAAUUUUGGAUUUCGUGCAGUGCGAGUGACAAGUUACUUUAUAUUCUUGCUCUCCUAAAGUUAGAGUUGGUGCUGAAGAAAGUUUUGAUUUUUACUAAUACUAUUGAUGCUGGUUUCAGAUUGAAACUAUUCUUUGAAAAGUUUGGAAUCAAGUCUGCUAUCUUGAAUGCUGAGUUGCCCCAUAACUCUCGUAUCCAUAUCCUGGAGGAAUUCAAUGCUGGGCUUUUUGAUUAUUUGAUUGCGACUGAUGACAGCCAAACAAAAGAGAAGGAACAAGCCAAUGGGGACAAACAUGUGGCCUCAAGGAAGUCUAGAAAGCAUCUUAAGCCAAAACUAGACUCUGAGUUUGGUGUUGUGAGGGGAAUUGACUUCAAAAAUGUGCACACGGUUAUAAAUUUUGAUAUGCCUUCAAGUGCUUCAGGAUAUGUUCAUCGUAUUGGACGCACUGGAAGAGCAUACAGUGCCGGUGCUUCUGUAUCUCUUGUUUCUCCAGAUGAGAUGGAAAUUUUUGAUGAACUUAAAUCCUUAUUGGGUGAUGAAGAAAAUGAUGACACAAAUAUUAUUGCGCCAUUUUUAUUGUUGACCAAGGAUGCGGUGGAGUCUUUACGAUAUAGGGCUGAGGAUGUGGCAAGGAGUGUGACAAGAAUUGCUGUUAGAGAAUCACGAGCUCAGGAUUUAAGGAAUGAAAUUCUCAACUCCGAAAAGUUGAAGGCUCAUUUUGAAGUAAAUCCAAGAGACCUAGAUUUAUUGAAACAUGACAAGGUUCUGAGCAAGGACCCCCCUGCUCCUCAUCUUCGUGAUGUGCCUGACUAUCUAUUAGACCAAAAGACACGUGAUGCCAGCAAAAUGGUCAAGCUUGCUAGAGCUGCAAUGGGAGAUAAUAAAUCUGCUCGUCGCCAGGGAUCCAAGAGAAAAUUCAGAAAAAGCAGAGAUCCUCUCAAGACUUUCUCUGCUGAGGCACCCAAGAGAGGUCGCAAAGAUGGGAUGAAGGGUGAGGGAAAAGGCACCGAUUUUACCCAUCACCGCAAAAAGCAAAAAUCUGUCUGAAUUAGCUGCAAGCCUUCUGUUGACGGUGAAGCUAUGUGUGACAAUGUCUGCUCAUUGCUGCAGGCGAAAAUUUUGUUGUUUAUUUAAUAGAAAAAAAAAUUACUGUAUGUUUUAUUACAUGAUGGAUGGAUCAAUUUUAAAAGAGUGCAGAAAUGCAACAUGGAUAAGGAGA